UCAGUCGUGGAUUGAGGAUCCGACGGUGGUGGAGACCCGCAGCUGGAGCUGGCUGCCCCUACGGCUCUUCUGCUCAUCCCCAAUCGAAACGGCCCGCUGCUUGCUCACCUCAAUCCGAUGGCCCGCGCCGCCGUUCGCCUCCUCCCCAUCUUCCUCCCAUGGCGGCGCCCUCCCCCUCCCCGCCUCCUCCGCCGGGGCUUCCUAAACCCUAGUAGCCCCAGAACUCUGGCCACGCGCGCGGACACCCUCGUCCUCCCUGGGGACGAGCGCUCGCCCUCGCCCUCGCCCUCGCCCUCGCGCCUCCCAGGCCAGCUGCGGCCGGACUACGGCGGCGGAGGCGGGGGCGGCGCUCCCGGUACCAUCGCGGCCAUCGUCACCUCACUCGGCGGCGGCCCGGCAGCGGUGGGGAUCGUGCGGCUCUCCGGCCCCGACGCCGUCGCCGUCGCCGACCGCGUUUUCCGUCCGGCCGGGGCCCGGAGGGCGUCGGCGCCGUGGCAGCCGCGCAGCCACUUCGUGGAGUACGGACUCGCACUCGACGCGGACGGCAGCGUUAUUGACGAGGUUUUGGUGGUGCCAAUGCUCGCCCCGAGGUCGUACACGCGGGAGGAUGUGGUGGAGCUCCAGUGUCAUGGCAACGACCUCUGCUUGCGCCGUGUGCUCAGGGCUUGCUUGGAGGCUGGAGCCAGGCUUGCUGAUCCUGGUGAGUUCACCCUUCGUGCAUUCCUGAAUGGGAGGUUGGACUUGGCCCAAGCGGAGAAUGUGUCUAGGCUUAUUUCAGCAAAGUCAGCAGCUGUGGCGGACUCAGCUUUGGCUGGCAUUCAGGGAGGCUUUUCUACCUUAGUAAGGUCAUUGAGAUCAAGGUGCAUUGAGCUGCUAACAGAAAUCGAGGCUCGUCUAGAUUUUGAAGAUGAGAUGCCUCCUUUGGAUCUAGUGAUGCUUGUCAGCAAAAUUAAUUGUAUGAGGCAGGAGGUUCAGGAUGCUUUGGACACUUCCAAUUAUGAUAAAUUGUUACAAUCUGGUCUACAGAUAGCAAUAAUUGGCCGCCCAAAUGUUGGCAAGUCCAGCCUCCUUAAUGCUUGGAGUAAGAGUGAAAGGGCUAUUGUUACUGAAAUAGCCGGAACUACACGGGAUGUAGUAGAAGCAAAUGUCUCAAUUCACGGUGUACCUGUUACUCUCUUGGACACUGCUGGUAUAAGAGAAACUGAUGAUGUUGUGGAAAAAAUUGGCGUGAAAAGAUCCGAGGCUGCUGCAAUGGGAGCUGAUCUUAUUGUCAUGGCAAUAAGUGCAGUUGAUGGAUGGACUGAUGAUGACACUAAACUUAUGGAGCAUGUUUUGAUAAAUAGGAAGUCCUCAGGUUCUGCAGUUCCGAUGGUUCUUGUAAUCAACAAGGUAGAUUGUGCGCCAUUUGUUCCUGGAGAACAGUUUGAACAAUUCAGUGGCCUCUUCAUAAAACAUGUACAGACAUGUGCAGUCACCGGUAAAGGGAUUUCUGAUUUGGAGAGCGCUGUAAUAGAGGUCAGGGGUAUUGAGCAUGUACCUUCUGAGGGACGAAGGUGGACUGUAAACCAGAGGCAAUUUGAACAGCUGUUGAGGACUAAAGAAGCUUUCCUACGUCUAGAGUCAUCAAUCAACGAGCAGUUACCAAUGGACUUUUGGACUGUGGACUUGAGGGAAGCUGCGCUUGCUCUUGCAACGAUCAGCGGGGAGGACAUCUCUGAAGAAGUUUUGAGUAGCAUAUUCAGCAAAUUCUGCAUCGGGAAAUGAUCCCGCGAGAUGGUGCAUCCAAUAGUUUGGAGCCAAAUCUUCUUUUUCUCGACUCAGAACAGGAACCAACAUGCUGAGUGGCACUUGGAAUGGUGAACAGGCGUGCUUGUUCUCUGAAGUGCCAGAUGAAGAACGUGAGGGAAGUGAAGCCAUGUCCAUCUUAGUGCACACCACAUACAUGGUGAGGGUAGAACCCCCGAGGCCCCGAGUUCCCGUCUUGGCGUCGGAUAUGAAUCAUGUAUACUAGUGGAGUAUUGGUUGUUAUGAGAGAACUUUUAUAAGAUCUCAUUGAAAUACGAACAUACAGUUUCAUUCA